AUGGCUUACAAGCUCCUGUUCUUUUGUUUUGCUUUAACAGGGAGAGGCAAACCGCGAAGGAAAUGUAACGCUCAAGAACAUUUGUUUCAGGAAAACGAUUGUGAAGCAGAAAAAACCAAGAUCGAAUGGAGAUCCUAUAAGUCAUUUGAUGUGAGUUGAUCGAUCGAUCGCUUUCUAAAUCGAGCGUCGGGCUUCUGCGUCUUUCACGCAAUUUUUAGUGGCUUUGUUGUUACAGGGCAGAAUGGCGUCGAAACUGUGGAUGGUAUUUUUUUAAAAAAAUAUCUUGUGAUCAAAGCUGAAAUCUGCGGCAUUUUGUUCUAAAUUUUCAUCCUUGGCCUUUACAUUUUCAGUCAAGCCCAUCGCAUCUGACAAGAAAUCAAGCUAAAACAUGUCUGAGAUCACAGAGCUACGUGGGUAAGCGAACUAGAUCUUCCAACCAAUUCAACGUAAGGAUUCGGGAACAGAUUCGACAGGAAGGUAUGGAAAACACAUGUUUUUAUCCUGCUAAAAACUAAAUUUCUCAAUAAAUUUCCGAUAUCAACCGUAUCAUAUUGUAAGCUGAAUUUCUUUGUUCAACUCUUUUAUUAGAAAUCUCUUUGUUGAAUAUGCCUCCACGUGCCUCUUUUAACUUCAAUUAUUGUCUGUCACGAAAGAGUUGAAUAGAGAAUUUUACAUUCAAAUACGUUCAGCGUUGGUUGAGAAACGUGGUUCUAUCAAUUAAAAUUAUUGCGUAAAGUGUUAAAAUUAUUUAAAUCUGAACAGAACAGUCCGUGACAUCUCAGAGCCAACAAGGUAUGAAAUUGAUAAUAUAAAAUGUUUGCAAAAUGUCGAGACAUUUAAAAAACUAUCAGCUUUAAAAUCUACAUUUGUGGUGCCGGUGAAAGCAGGAUUUUAAUCUGCAUAGAUACGGUAGGUUAUCGAUCUUAAAGUGUGGGGAUAUUUUACUUCUUAAAUUAAAAGAUCGGAUGCAAAAUUUUCUUUACAGUUUUUUUAAGUUCUCUUCCAUGUCAUGUAUUGUAAUUUUCAUACAUUCUACUUUAAAUGGUAGGGCAAAUAUAUCGUAGACGACGUCCAAUAAAUUAGGUUUUGUUAUCGUGAGAAUCUAGUACUGUUAAAAUAUCAAAAUUGUCAUGAAAGUUGAAUGUCUGCCAAAAUUUUAUUUAUGUGUUUGAUCUUAGCUUCAAGUAUGAUCAACAUGUGAUAGGCAGAAAACAUGCUUGACUUGAAAAAAAUAUAUAAUUUCCUUGUGAGCUGUGACACAGUUUUUAUUUUUCCUGUUCAUUUUAAAAUGGAUUGAACUGAACAUUGAGUCAUGUUGCCUUUGGCUUCUAAUAUCAAAUUAUAGCCAAUGAGAGGUUGAAAGUUAGCGAAAGAUGGAGAGGUUCUGUUUGAAUUAAAAUGCUCAGAUCCCAGGUUUGGAGGUGGGUGGGGUCAGGUCGGUAUAAGGGUCAGCAUUGUCAUUUUUUUUCGGUAUGAAUCAAUAUAUUUAUUCAUGUCAUUAAGCUUGAGGACAUUUAAAUUUACUAACACCAAAGCUUUAUUUUUACUUUGCGGCUGACUGCAAUUCAGUUAUCUCCUUCCAUUUUUUUUUUUUUUUUUUUUUUUUGUUGGGGAGGCGAUGGUUACAUGAAAAGUUCUCUCCUUCUGGCCAGGCCCUUCAUGUUUUUUUGUCAGCUAACAUUGUAUGACUAUCAGUAAAAAAUGUGAUAAUAUUCUUAAAGGCUUUUCUCAAUUAAUCAUUGUUAAAAUACACUAAAGCUUACUGACUAACAGAUCUCUGUUUUAUCACGAUAUUUAACAGAGAAUUUAGAAUGCUAUAUUGAAGCAAUCCCAGAUGAAGUGUUGCUGUUGAUAUGCUCCUAUCUAAAAGAGAAGGAUUUGUGCAGAUUGGCACAGACUUGUUCACGACUUAACACUUUAAGCCAGGAUGGAUGCUUAUGGUUUGUAGUGAAAACAUUGUAGCACCUAUUACCAGUAAACUUAUUUUUUUGUGUGUACGGCUCAGUCGUCCCUCAUUCGAAUAAUAUCAUUCCAGGAUAAAUUAAGUUAUUUUAGUGCUGACUUAUUAAAGUCCAUACAGUAAAUUCACUUCUUCUUAGAACCAUCUGUCACAGUUGUGGCCCUUGUUUAAUCAACAAACCUUUGUUGUAGAUGCGGAAUUUGGCAGCUGUUUCUAGUGAGUAGUGAUUUAACCAGAUAGAAUCUCACUAGCACUGGGCUAUGCUGGAGUAUAGCCCUGAAUGACUGACUCUGACGUAGGGCUAGCCUUAACAUAAUCAACUUACUAAUGUUUUUACAAUGGCAGGUUGACUUUUUUGAGUUUGACAAAGCUGAUAAGGCCAGACAGCUGGGUGACUGUAGAAUCAAUGGCUUAUGACCCUGUCUGCUUUUAAAUGUUGUUUUUCUCUUAACAUCGCUUGUUUUGUCUGUAGGCGAUCCCUUUACAGUCAAGUAUUUGGCAUGAAGAAGCCAUUAGUAAAGACAUUUGAAGGUGUUUACAUCGAACAAGAACCCAAAGAUGACUUAUGUUGGAAAAAAUGCCUUAGCUCUUUGUAUCGUGCUCAUCAUGUUCACCCGGCCUUAGCAAAACAGAAGAAGCUAAAUCCUACACGAUUUACGGGAAGGCAAAUCAAGGUACAGUAUGUGUAUGUCGUGUUCAAUCAUGUGCAUUAGAACAGGUGGAUAGACCUUGAAGCUAAAAGAAGUGAGCUAGUUCCAAGCUAUAGGAGCUUAAGAUUGUGAAAUUGAAAGGAGCUGAUUAGAAGUCACUCCAUAUUUACCCUAGAGGGUUUUUAGAUUUGAAAAAGUUGGCCCAUUUUUUAUCAAGCUGGAAUCUGCUCUCAUACUAGCCACCAAGGCCCAGUGUUGUAAUUUGAAAGGUGGGUCACAUUAUCCACAGGGUAAUGCAAUUGUUUUCCCUAAUACUUAUCCACUGGAUAGUGAUUUAUCUGGCUCUGGUUGCUCGAAGCAUGGUUAGUGCUAACCAGCGUUAAAUACCAUGGAAACCUAUACAUUUUGAUACCUCUUAACCAACGGUUAGCGCUAACCAGGCUUCAAGCAACCGGCCCCUGCUGGAUAGCUUAUCCAAUGUUUGAACAACCGGGGCCAGAAGACAAACACUUGCAUGUAUAGUUGAGUUAUGGUUGCAGAGUAAUUAAAAAAUACAACUAAAUCAUUACUUCAGGGUUUUCUUUGAUUACAAUGAGUUUUCAAAGUUUUAAAGUAAUGCCAAAAAGUUUUGACAUAACUCCUUAAAGGUGUUUUCAAGACACCUCUUGCAAGCCUACACCCAUGCUCAGUCUUGAUAGUACCCCUUUGAGGAGGUCAGGCUGUAAUUUUGAACUCUUUCUACCUUCAGUAUCAUGAAACUAUUAAUGAAGCUCUGGAAGCAGUCCCUUAUGAUGGAGUCAUUAUCGUACAUCGGGGUGUGUAUGAUGAGCAUCUAUCAAUCAACAAGCCUGUUGCCAUUAUUGGAGCAAGUAUGUGGAGUAGUUUUUUGAGUAUUAUUAUUCUCUUUUGGGAGUCAUUUAAGGUUCAGAUUCUUUAAUAAAGUUUAUGUAGUGCUUAGCCUAAAAAAACAGCUGAAAGUUUGCGAUGUCACCACUGGUUUCCCUGCGAAAUGACAGCUGGUGAAUGAGCGCAAAAUUUCCAUACUGAUGGUGUGUUACUACCCAGAUCAGGGUAGUGCUUCUGAUUAGUUGUGCAGCAAGGGAAAUUUGCUUCAUCCAAUCAGAGGCUCUGCCCAGGUCUGGGUAGUGACUCAUCAUCAGAUGACGGACAGAAUACUCUUCUCCGCCAGAAUUUCUGGACUCCUUCCUCUGACUUCUUUUUGCAGCGAAACCAGUGUUGACGUUGCAAGAUGUUGGCAGCGCCGUAGCUAGUAUGAGGCCAACCGAGGCACUCGCCUCGGUAAAAUUUUGACGAAUUUCGCCGAUCAUUUUUAUUUUACAUAAGCAAUCAUCGGAUACUUUUAACGCAUCAUGAUAUUACAAAGAAUUCAGCAAUUCAGUCAAUAUACUAUGAAAAAAUUACCAUAUCAUCAAUCUCAAGGGGCUACGUACGUUAACUCAAAUUUUUUUUGAACAAAUACUGGUCAAAACCAUUGGCGAGGUUAACGGUCACCCAGAUUAUGUAGCUUGUUUCUGAUUAUUGCUUUUUAAAUUCCACUUAAAUUAACUCGAAAAAAAGUUACCGAAAGGCCCAGAAAACGCUGCAAAUCGCAUUUCCGAGAGACUAAAGUUCAAAAUUUCUCGGGGGGAGAGGGGCAUGCCCCCGAACCCCCCUAGCAACUCCCGCCUGCCUCGGUUGGCCGUUUGGUCUGGCUACAGCACUGGUUGGCUGUUUUCUCAGGCUUAAUAGUACAGAGUUAGAAGUAUUUUAUUCAUGUAUUUUCUUUUCCAUAACAGUUGGAAGUGAUGAAGUGGUCAUUCAGAGCAGUUCUUCAACAGUUGUCAGUUUCACUUCAGGAUCGUCAUGUGCCUUCUUAGGACAUCUCACUUUAAAGGUUUGUAUCAUUAACUUUAAGCAAAGUUUCUAUUAACAAUUGCUUUUAUAAUUCUAUAAUAUUAUGACUGAGGCCUUGAAUACGUAAUUUUGUAAUUGAUUUUAAUUUGUUGUAAUUUGUUUACUCACGGAGCACUUGGGAGUUCUUGAGAAUUUAUUGUGAUCUGUCCAUGCAUUCCAGAUCGAAUUUGAAUUUGGAAGUGUUAGCUUUUAAGGAGAGGGGAAAACUGGAGUACUCAGAGAAAAACUUCUCGGAGCAAGGGAGGGAACCAACAAAGAACGUGUCACAUUGUUCUGUUACUAACCGAUCUACUUCGUUUACAUGUUUACUUUUAUCAGAACUGUCCUUCCAGUGAAUCACAGCCAAUCAGAUUAGGUUGUGUGGAGGUUGUAGAUGAAUGCUCCCCAACAGUCUACAACUGCAAACUUACAAGUCUUGCUGAUGGUAAGAAUUAUUGAAUGGCUUAAGAAUUUAUGUUAAGUGUAUUUCAAGCUUAUUGCUUUAGGUAAUAUGCGACAGCACAGGAAAUGCCAUAUUAAGGUUACUACAUUAUAACACUUCAGGAUUUGAUGAUACACAGACUCAAAAUUAAAGUCAGAAACAUCUUACACAGAACAAACUGGACCACAGGAAUAUGCUGCUCAUUAGCUUUUAUUUAUGAUUUGAUUUGCAAAGUGAUUCACAGGGUCCAAAGUUAGAACCACCUUGAACAGCCUAAUAAACAGUACCACCGGAAAGUACUGCUCACUAGUUUCAUUUGAAUGGUCACAUCAUAGGAUUUCAUCCAUAAACUCAAAAGUUAGAACCACCUUGUACAGCAUAAUAAACAGUACCACAGAAAAGUACAGCUCAGUAGCUUUCAUUUGAAUGGUCACACUUAAGGAUUUCAUCCACAGACUCAAAAGUUAGAACCACCUUGUACAGCAUAAUAAACAGUACCACAGAAAAGUACAGCUCAGUAGCUUUCAUUUGAAUGGUCACACUUAAGGAUUUCAUCCACAGACUCAAAAGUUAGAACCACCUUGUACAGCAUAAUAAACAGUACCACAGGAAAAUACAGUUCAGUAGCUUUCAUUUGAAUGGUCACGCGAUUUGCCACAGACUCAAAAACUUAGAAACCCACUAAUUUAAAAGUGAAAUUUAACGAUCACUGGCUAUGUUUUGUUUUAUUUCUUGUAGCCGGGGCGACAGUCUAUGUUCACGGUAGAGGUGCAAGACCCACCCUGUCUCAGUGUGUUAUAUCUGAUUCUGAAAACGUAGGCAUCUUUGUCACGGAUGGAGCCCAGGUAGGAAAUACAUGUACCGUAAUGUUAGGCAGCUUAGGUAACAACGGCGGUGACGGCUACGAAAACGUCACCUAAAAAGUGAAUUCGCGCUGCCUCGAACUUAAUCGCGUUUAUUCCAUCUCGUUCAAUUUAUCAAAUGUUGGCAAUUUUCUCUGGAGUUUAAUUCUAAAAGACUGUAUCGAAGUUCAGGAAAAGAAAAGAAAAGUCGUUGUCUUGUGUUAACGUCCUCCAUAAAACGUGAAGUCAGGCAAUUUUACGUCACGUCGUAGUCUUGCAUUGACUAUAGGGACUUUCAGCAGGGGCACCCAACGAGAAUAUAGUUGAAAACCACUUAAACAUAGCAUUGUUAAGCGUGUUUUAGUAUUUAAACGGUGAAUAUGGGCAUACUUUUAUCCCCUAUAAAUUUUUCAUCUGUUCGGAUUUCCUAGCUGAAAGUCUAGCGAUCCGAAAAUUAUAGGGAUCAAAACUUACCUUUUUGGAAAUUUCAGCCAGAAAAAAGGCUCCCGAAAAUUCUAGGUGACCUUUUUAGUGUAAAAAUCCGUUGAAAAUGAGCAAUUUUACCAUUUUUUAGAUGUUCGAAAAUCCUAGGAGAGGCAGGCAAGCAAGUAAUUUUACAACAAAUGUUCCGAAAAUUCUAGAUCUCAAAUCGUCUUCCGAACAGAUAUUUUUCCGAAAAUUGUCGUUGGGUGCCCCUGUUUCAGGUCCAACGACGGGGACGGCGACGAAAACGUCAUAAAAACAAUAGUUUUAUAACCAAAACAAGAACUUUGCACGUGCAUCACGCUCGUUUGUACAUUUCUUUACCCGAUUUUGAUAAAGUAAGUGGGUAGGAAUAAUUGCGAUAAAGACCGAAAGAAAGCAAAUUCACUUUUUAAGCGACGUUCCCUUUGCCGUCGCGUCGUUGAAUCUUAAAUUCCGUUAUGAAAUAAUACAAAAACGCGUGAUGCACGUGCAAAGUUGUUGUUUUGCUAAUGUAAAUCUAUUGCUUUUUUUCCGUUCUUCUUGCCGUCGCUAACUCCCUUGUUAAUUAAAAGACAGUAGCUGCCAACAGAUCUGCAGGUCAACUAAAUGUGUGAUUUACUUACAGGGAACGUAUGAAGACUGUGAAAUAACAAACAUGAAGCUUGCUGGGGUCUGGGUGCGUAAUCAUGCUAGCCCUGUCAUGCGAAGAAAUAAAGUGCAUCAUGGACGAGAUGUCGGCUUCUUUAUCUUCGAUUAUGGACUGGUAAGUGAAUUUGGACAUUGCUUUUAAAGUUGUUUGUGUGUUCUGCUCAUUAUCCAGGAAUCAGUUUCGUUUAAUCUAUUGUGGCAGGAUGUCAUUACUGAAAUUCAAAACUUCAAUUUACCACGGUAAUUUUCCAACGGUAGCUUCAUUACGGACACAGUGUCAAGUGAAGACGAUAAUGGCUGAGCUGAAAAGGUCAGCAAAUGCAGCAAUCACAGCAUUAGCGAUGUGGUGGAUUUGCGAGCUGUUUCGCAAAGACAAAUUUUCUUGUCCAGAAAGUGAAUUUAAUAGAGAGCUUAAGCAACGGCGACAGCAACAAGAACGGCGAAAAACAAAACAACAAAUUUGCACGUGCAUCAUGCUUUUGGCAAUGUUGCUCGACUACAACGUGAAAUUUCAUAGUAAUGCUCACGUUUUAUGGCGGGCGUGAACAUGAGUCAGAAAUUGUCUCUUUUUUUCCCCAACUUAGUUAUAGUCCUUUAGAAUUCAACUCCAGAAAAAUUCCUCAACACUUGACAAAUUGAAUGAAAUAGAAUAAGAGUGCUAAAGUUUGGAACCGCCCGAAUUCAAUUUUCAGGUGCCGUUUUUGCUGCCUUUGCCUUUGCGGUCGUUUAAGCUCCGUAAUGUUACCCGGUCUGAAAUCCGACAAAGUAUCUGCGUUUUUCUCAUAGGGUUAUUACGAAGGUAAUGAUGUACACAAUAAUCGUAUCGCUGGUUUUGAGAUUCGAUCAGGAGCAAAUCCCACAGUGGUUGGUUGCCGGAUCCACCAUGGUAUGACUGGCGGGAUCUACUGCCAUGAUGACGUAAGUACAUGGUCUUCAGCCGAGCGUGUAGUGGCUGUUGAGGGUCCUCAGGUUUUUUCGGGAUCCGGGAUUUCCAUUUUUUGGAGUUCGGGAUUCGGGAUUUUUAAACAAAAUGGAGGUGAGAUUCGGGAUUGAUCGCGUUCACGGGAUGCGGGAUACGGAAAAUGACCAUCGGGAUCAAGGGAUUGAGCGAAAAUUUGGGUCGGGAUGACCAGAUUAAUGAGUCGUAUUGAGCACCCUCGCUGUUGUUGUUAUUUUUGCAAUGCUUUGCUCUAUAACAGUUUUCUGAGGAUAUUUUCCCGCUACAACGGAUAGCUUUCGCGCCGGCACGAAAACUAUAUCAGACGUGGCUUUUGGUCACCCAUAAAAACGGUGAUUUCAGCCCGAUUUCUGUAACGGAAUGAGGCUGCGCCGCGUCGAUCUUAAAAGUGGAUCGUCACAUAUCUGACAGGUUCGGUGCCACUCUUCGUCUUAUUAAGUCUGCAAAACAACGAUAAUUUUCAUUUGCUGAUCUUGAAUGCGCGCAGUCUUAAACUGAAGCUAGUGUUAAACGAGGGGGCACGAUUAGACGAAGUCCCCACGUUGCGAAUGCGAGAAUUUGCGCUUUCGGCUUUUAUUGUGCCAUACAAGCAGGUUUUUGUAAAAAAAAGAAAAUAAACCUGCCGUUUUUGAAGCCCAGUGAUCUUUGGUUUAGAAUUAUUUUGUCUUUUGCAGGCUCGUGGAGAAUUUCUUGAAAACAAAAUUUAUUCCAACACGUACGCUGGUGUCUGGAUCACGUCACAAAGCAAUCCAACUAUCAAGUAAGAAACCCUCGGUGUUGUUGGUUUGUUGUCUGUCCGAUCAUUUAAAACAUAAAACGAAAGGUUCACUCUCGUCUUUUCUUGUUUUAGAAACAACGAGAUUUAUGACGGACAUCAAGGAGGUGAGAAAUUGUGUCUUCUCUGUAGAUCGCUGCUUAAAUUAGUCUAAGAAAUAUAUUUUUUUGUUUAGAUUACCGUUGCUUUGUUAUUGGGUAUGAAAAUAUCGCGCCCUUUUCUCAACCAGUUAUAGAAAACAAAGAGUGGUUUUCUCGCAAAUACUGCCAGCGAUUCACUAUAAACGAGUAAUUAUUUUCUUUUAUGUUUAUCAGGUGUUUAUGUAUUUGGCGAAGGAAGAGGACUGAUUGAAGGAAACAAUAUUCACGGUUAGUAAAAAUAAGUUAGACUCGUCAUUUAUUUCCACAUAGUUACAGUGCAUAUAAGUAUUUCCAUAGACGUAAGAUUAGAAGGGUACUCUGUUCGCUUGAAAACCGUGUUAGGUGCUUCUCUGUAGUUUUGGGCGGAGUACAAAUCUCAUUUCCCCCAAAGUUAUAGCGCUCAAUCUUAUCUCGAAGCAAAACUACAUGUGGCCUCCUCGAACCGAGGGAAACGCGUGCGAAAAAGUCAAAAUUGCAUGGUGUUUUUGCUGUCAAGUGUGAAAAUUACACUUCCUUUUUAAGUUCGUGACUUUAUUCAGCAUUUUGCCCAGCCGGUUUAUCACAAUUUCUAGCUACUUUUCUGAGAGCUCGCUUGCCUGAAAAAAAAAAACCUUGUAUCAACCCAGUCACCACGGAAGGAGCGAUUUUUAGUUAAGUGUGAAAACUCUGUGAAAAGUAAUGUCGUCACGGCUUUAGUUUUUCCUCGCUUCGUUUUGUUAUAGUAUUAUUGGCUGCGAACAUUUGCGCCACUUUCCCGACCAGAAGGAAACCAAAACCAUUUGUGGCCUAUCUGCAGGCGUUUUCCCGCGCUUUGUGCCCGCGUGAUAUUUUUAAAUUUUCUUGAGUUUUGAUUGGCUUAGGUGAUUGUUUACCUUUGCUUUGAUUGGUCAGAAUAAAUUCGCUUUGGUUUUGAUUUUAUGACGGUGAAAGCCAUUGAAAAGUUUCACUUUAUUUCAGACAAUGCACUUGCUGGGAUUCAGAUCAGAACGAAAAGUAACCCCAUCGUUCGUUGCAAUAGAAUACACAGCGGACUGCACGGUGGAAUCUACGUGGUAAGUACAGUUUAUUUGCUUUACUUGUUUGGUUUGCUUAGUAGGGAUAACAUCCCGUCCCUUCCCAACCCCUCCCUACUCCGAUGUCUUCCCUCCCUUUGAUACAUGAAUAUUGCCUGCAGUUUGCAACAACACUCAGUUCUAUAAACGAUUUUGUGUUAAUUCUUGCGUUUUUCCUUACUUUUCUCAGCACGAAGAUGGCAUGGGGCUUAUAGAGGACAACGAAAUUAACAAUAAUACUCUUGCGGGUGUGUGGAUCACUACAGGUAUAAAAAAAGUGCACUUUAUUUGAGUGUCAAUGUGUUUAGCACGGAAUUGCUAAUCGGGGACAAUAUUUUUUACGUUUCCUACUGGAGAAGGGACCGCCAUUUUACAUGGUCAUCCGAGCCACGCGAAGGUUAAGCCGCUUGCAGUGCGAAGGGAGUACCUUCAUUUCUCAGUUAUUUUAAGACCCUGAGUAUUGGUUCCAUCCUGGGAAUUGAACCUGCGACCUCCCGCUCUGCUGUCAAGCCCUCUGCCGACUGAGCUAAUCCUGCUGCGGAAAAAAAGCGACAUGAGAGAAUGUCCCCAUAACUUAGAGGCUAGAGGAUCCACUCGGUUAUUGUGUAUGGGCUCUAUUCCUGUCAAGAACUACUCGUUUAAUCGUACUGAGUUUUUUGUCGCUUGCUUGCGAUUAGCGAGUUAGCGGGGAAUUCGAGUUAUCCGUGUUCGAGUUCACGAGGUUCUACAGUAGUAUCAAAGAAGAAGUUGGAUAGCUCUGUAGAGGAUAAGUUACUGCAAUGAUGUCUACGUUUCUAAAUAAUCGCAUGAGCUUUUAGGCGACCUAACGUGGUUGUACGGUAAAUCGUUUGGUGUCCUCGGAAAUCCAGGGGUAGAACUAAUGUGAACAAAAAUAUACGGACAUUUUUGAAAUAAUGAUAGGACAAUUCAGGUCUAAAAAAACCAGUAGGUCAUUGGACGGUGUCCGACGGAAUUUUUUUUGUCUGACGAAAUCCUACCCAUGGUCUGACAUGAUGAUCGGACAUUGAGUUAAAAUACCUAAGAUUAUCAUUUUGAAGCUAACGAAUUCAAUUCGAAUCAUUAUACAUUUCUGGGAAACUGCCCACCUACCCCUCCCCUAAGCCAACAUUUUGCCCUAAGUGAGACUGAGUAAGUGUCAAUAUUGGCUUAGGGGAGGGGUAGGUGGGCAGUUUCUCAGAGACGUAUAAUGAUCCGAGAAUUCUUGCGUUUGAGAACACGAACAAAGUUAUGGAAUAAUGCGUUUUUGUUGUUGUUGCGCAGGAAGUACUCCAACACUAAGACAUAACAGAAUACACAGUGGAAAACAGGUAGGUAUGGUUAUUUAAGCGUAGGAUAACUGAACCGCAGAUUAAGAAAAUUUAAUGACCUUUGUUAAUUGUGGCUAAGUUAAAACUUUGGGUUGGCCGCAAACUGUUCCGUCGUUGACUGUAGAGUAUCUUUAUCCUAUUUAAAUAAAUUUAAGUAUUCAUACGCUGCUAACUGUCGUUGAAAUAACGCACACGGAGAGUUUUUUACUCCGUAAGCAAGUAAUCUGAUUUCCUAUCUUGUUAGAUUGCAUUCCAUAAUAAUAUUUUUGACUUAAGGGCCAUGUUUACCCAAACUGCUUUGCACGCCACCCUGAUUUGCGCGUAGACUGAAAGUCUCCAAAAGGCUUUUCAAGCAAUUUAUUAUCAAAGCGAAUCAUCCACUUCAUCUCUCUGAGUUUCAACAGUUAUCGUGAUUUCGCGUUCGAAGGUUCACGUGACAUGUAGUUUUAUUUUCAUAAUAUAUUUCAAUAUUUCAAGACUCGCAAAGUAGUUUGAGUGAUCAUGGGCUCAAAAUUCACUAAAAUUAAAGAAACUAAACAAUUAAAACAUAAAACUUCAACUGUAUUUACCUUUUUAGUAAAUUCCCAAAUUAACUGGCACACUCUUUUACAAGUUUCUUUUUAUAGUCAAGCACGUAACCCAGUUCAUCUACACCCUUACUAAAUUGACUACAUUGAAAGAGCACCUAGCACACGAACGACAGACAAUAUAUUUUUGUUUGUUUGUAAACUGAAUACGAAGUGAUGGACUAAAUGCGCUCCCAGUUGUGCAUCAUUCACAGCGUAGUUAUGAAAUCUGGCAAGAAUCAAUGUCGAAAAGAAAGUAGCUGCCGUUUAUUUUGUAGACUAUGCAGUCCCCAUUUUUCCUCAGGGAUAGUAGAGCAAGCGAAACGCGAGCGCGCGUGAAAAUCACCCCACGCGAGAAAGGCGAGACGCUCAUUUCUCUCUCGCCGCCGCGUCUCACCUUUCUCGCGUGGGGUGAUUUUCACUCGCGCUCGCGUUUCGCUCGCUCUACUAUCCCUGAGGAAAAAUGGGGACUACUGGUAGUCUAUUUAUUUUGAGAGUUCCUUGACUGUCCACAUUCUGCUUUUCAACGGAUAUGAAGAUGCUAAAUUAUUAUAUGUUUGUUAGUAUCCUUCUUGCCUCGUUACGUGGUUAAUAACACAUUCGAUCUAGUCCCUCCUCGCUUUUUUUUUGUUUGAGGGGUAUGACAGUACUGUAUUUUUACAAAAUGUUUCCUCUAACCAACAUUUUUCAGCUUCAACUACAAAGAACAUUCAAAAUUAAACAUAAGCGCAAUAAAACCGAACCUUUUCCCUUACAACUGGUGCUUAUGACUUAUACAAAAAGUUUAAAAUGGCACAAGCAAAAUCCUAGUUUUAGGAUAACACAACGACCGUUUUAUUUUUCAGAAAAAAAGACGCAGUAGGACUGGGGACGAACAACUGCACUUGAGGUUAACGCACAAACUUAAAUCUGGUCUAAAGCGAUUUAACGAGUUAAUGCUAAACUUAACGUUAAUAUUUUUGUUGUAAGAUUGAAAAAUAACUUGCACAAAUGGUAAUACUCUCUGUAUAAACAUCUUCCACGAAAGCCUUACAUUAAAAAAUGUCUUUUUAAACUGUAAAAUAACGUCUAAUUUUCCUUUAAUGCAACUUGAUUCUAAAAAAGUUAACAUGUGUUAUUCUUCGAACAAAGCUAAAUAUUAAAAUUUCUUUAAGAAACAAAACUAUUAAUGGUAAAAUGGUCAUAAAAGCAUUAGGUAAACAGUUAAGGCAGUUUAAAAACAACACUUUUUUUCUAUAUCUUUGCUUAAAUGGUAUACUGUUAAACGAGCGCGGUUUUGUUGGCUGAGAUCAUUAUGGUGGAGUCUUACAUGAAAUACUUAAUGACUGGUCCCUAGGGGAACAGUUAAUUUUGUUUUGUUUUUAUCUCCAUAUUUAUGUUUCCCGAGACGGAGCCGAGGGAGACAUUGAGAUUCGAAGGAAACAAAAUGAACUGUUUCCCGAGGGACCAGUCUUAAAGUGAUUUGUUUUAUAGCUGGAAAUUUAUUAAGCCUCGCUGUAUAAACGGCGGUCGUCGGUCAGCAGUGCACUGUCACCUUCUGACGUCACAGAUUUUGCAAUGUUGCCCGCUCAGAGAUUUUGGCGGGAAACAGUUUCAUUUUUUGAUGUCAUGUGACCUCGAAGUAACCAAUGAGAGCGCGCGCUGUUGGGAAAAAUUUCCAGCUAUAGAACAAUACAUUGUAAUAAUCGAUUAACGUUUUACAUCUUUAAGAUGCCAUAGCUCGGGAAUUCUGGUCAAAAGUUUAUAAAAAUGAUGUGCGAUUAUCGUUUCUCAGAACCAAAUUUCAUUUAAAUUAUUGGAAGGAAAACAGAAGAGUCCCUUCGAACCUCCACAACCGGGCAACUUCCCUGAGCGGACAUUAACUGACUGAGUCAUUGUCCGUCAAGCGGUUUUUCUGUGAUUCCAAGGUUGUCCGCUUUUUGCAGUAGAUUCGACUGUAUUAUUUUUGGCGAUCUCGGAAAACACCAUGUCAGAAACUGAAAACGUUAGUCUAACUUUUCAACACUCAAAGUAUUAAGCGUCUUUUUGUCGUUUUCAGGUUGGAGUGUAUUUCUAUGAUGGCGGCUGCGGAGUUCUCGAGGAAAACGAAAUCUUCAAUCACAAGUACUCUGGCAUACAAAUAAGGUAACAGUGGUUCAAACCAAUGGUGACGCGCCCACUCGUGCUUUCCCAAGCUUGGCGCCAGCUACAUACAUAUGCUUUACGUUCUGAUUGGUUUAUUGGACUGUUUGUGUGAUGUGAUUGGCUAAAGUAACAACGUUGAUUUUGAUUGGUUAGUUAUUCACUUGAGUUUCCCGCGCUUUAUGCCAGCUGGGUGUUUUAGCGUUCGUUUUGAUUGGUCCAUUGUUUAGUCUGCGUGCGCUGUCUGUGUAGUGAUUGGCCAAAGUUGGUUAUACGUCACAUACGUGAAAAAAAAAGUUCAAAAUAUGGCAGGAGUGCCUCCCUUUAGAACAACCGUGGAUUUUAACAAAGAAAGUUAAAGCUAUUCUUUUUCCUUGUUUCAGGUCUGGCAGCAAUCCCUGCAUAAGAAGGAACAAAAUCUGGGGAGGACAGAAUGGCGGAGUGUUGGUCUAUAACGGAGGUAAUACAUUGGUUUCUUAUGAAAAAGAACCACUAUAUGGAUGAGCGACCUCGAAUUUACAACUGACAAAAAACCGAACUAUUUCAAACGUUUACUUUGUUUGCUCUUUGUGGUUUGACUAGCUGUAUUUUAAGUUCGUAGUUCUUUCUAUGGUACAAACUUGCUGUUCCAUUAAGAGGGUUUUUUUUUAGAAACGACGCUCGGGGAAUUUCACAGUUGAAAACAAAGUGUUUACUUUGGUGGCAGGCUCAGCUAAGCACAGAAAAAUAUGUUAUGCCGUGAAUUAGGCAUUUUUUGUCUAAAUAAUUUAUUUAGGGGAACAGGGAAUAAGCAUCAUUACUUGUAAAGAAAACUUGCAAGUUCGGAAGUCUGUAUUCUUGUGAUUCAGUCGCUUUACAAAAUAAUGACGUUGAUAGUGUUAUAUUUAAAGUGGCUUCCGUUGUAAGAACAAUUUUAAAAAUUUCCUGGUCAUUUAUUUGGAAAACGGCCUCCGAAAAUUUUGAAAGACGGCUCACUACUUGCUAAUUAGCCAAUUUCUGCAUUAGUAUUAAAUCUUGCUUUACAGAUUCUUAAAUUCUUUACUGUUUAUUGCUUAUUGCUAGGCCUUGGUUUGCUUGAAGAGAACGAGAUUUUUGAUAAUGCAAUGGCGGGUGUUUGGAUCAAGACAGAGAGUGACCCAGUCCUCCGAAGGAACAAGAUCCAUCACGGCCGUGAAGGCGGUGUCUGCGUGUUCAACAGUGGAAAAGGUGAGUGCGAACCUGAUGAGUGUGAAAAUUUCGCGAAAAAUGCAAAUUUCUUCGAGUAAAAUCCUAAGAAAUUAGUAUUACUUUCCAAAAGUUCUGCUAAAGAGGUUUCAUUUAGAUGGUAACACCAUGGGAUGGUUUACACAGAUUUAAAACUUGUAGUGACGAAUAAUCUCGCUAUAACUUGGUCUGGGAAUGAAAUGGUUAAAACAAUGCUUAAGUUUUGAGCGGGCUGCCUUGUUGAGGAUCAAGCUGUUUAAGCACGAAACGUCAGCACGAGAGCGCUACUUAACUCGUAGUCAAAGUUCUUCCUAGUAAUAAGGGCUGAAAAACCGAAAUUAACCCUUUCAAUUCUAAUUGGAAAAAGUGAAAAUUCGCAAAAAAUCCAAUUUUUUUUUCGUGAAAUCCUAAGAAAUAAAAAGUACUUUGCAAAAGGUGCGCCAAAGGGGUUUCGUUUGAAUGGUAAUACUGUAGGAUUUCUUCCAGGGAUGGAAAAGUUAGAAUGACGAAUUAUUUCGCCAUAAAUUGGUCUAGGAGGGCAGAGGGUUUAAACUGGUAUUUGUUUACCACGCGAUUUACAAAAUAGUCAUAUGAGUAGACUGCCAAACAGAACGUGCUCCCCGUUUUGAACGCGAGCACGUGAUGUUGAAAGGGCGAGUCACGUGACAAAAAUGACCAUAAAAGGAAUCAUGUGACAUGUAACUCAUUUCUCACUUUAUUUGCUUCAGGUGUUUUGGAGAAUAACGACAUCUUUCGAAAUGCUCUUACGGGUAAGUACGCAUCCUUUUCCAUGUUAAUGUAAACCAGAUAUGAUGUAACAUCUGAUUGGGUAAAUUCUUCGUCGGAAGGAAUGUUUUGAGCAGAAUUUUUGUCCUAAAAGAAGCAGAAAUCAAAUUGGAUUACUCUAGGAGAGAGCCUCUAUUUUGCUAUUUAUUUCAUUUUGUGUUUCGGAAUCUGUGUAUUUGGUUGGGAAAUACCAGACAUUUCUUCGAACACAUUGGGCUAUUGAUACAUACGUAUCUUAGCCAGUGUUUAACAAACCAGCGUUCUAAGCCAUUUUAAAUUUGCCCUACGAUUUUAUCCAGACACCAUUUAUUGUGAAACGUUUCAUGAAAGCAUAUAAAGUGGACCAGAAAAGCAUUUAUCUUCUUAAAAUAACCCACUAAGGAAGAGAUCUGGAGGAUUAAAGAUUUGUUAAACCGCCACUCUUAAGUUAGACUUCGUUUAAAUAACCGACUUAUUGUUUCUAAUGAUAUCGUCCGCUGAUUCCUGUACUUUUGCCCCUCUACAUAGGAGUUCUCAUCAGUACAGCCAGUUUUCCAGUGCUGAAAAGUAAUCGCAUAUUUGAUGGUGGUGCUGCCGGAAUUGAGAUUACAAACAGUGCAGGUAAGGUUACAAGCAGCAGUUUAUGGUAUUCGAUAAUUGUACGUUUGCUAAUGUCAUCGUAAAACAAAGCUAAAAUUUUCUUGAUCCUAGGUGGUGUUUUAGAAGGAAACGAAGUUUUCAACAAUCGAUUUGACGGGAUUUGUCUCGCUACUGGCGUUAAACCGCAGCUAAACAGUAAGUAUAAUCUGACCCACCGACCCCGGUACCCGUCCAGUUUAUAGCUUUCACCGUGUCGUACUUACUUUCUCUUACCUUCCCCUCCCUCAGAUAAUAAGGUACACAGCAAUAGACGGGAAGUGGAGAAAGCCAUCGAGUCUUGCCGCUGUCUGUUCCAGGUCUCUGGUAACACGUGCUACCCAAUGCACGACUUCUAUAGGUUAGUAAGUUGACACGUGACACGUGCCAAACGAUUUUUUGAGAACCAGUGAGGUUGCUAGGUGAAUGAGCAGUGAAAUCUAGGUGAUCUAACCACCCAAGGCCCAUAGAACUUAGGGCCCGGUUGUUCAAAAGUUGGAUAGCGCUAUCCAGUGGGUAAGGAUAAGUAUUACUGAAAUCAAUAAUUGCGUUAUCCACUGUUUAGAGAUUUAUCGAGCGGAAAGCACUGUCCAUCUUACCUGUAGACCGACCGAAAGAGGCCUUAUGUUGAAUUAGCCGACUAGAAGUCUUUUAUUGACAAAAUUACGACCACAUAACAAAGAAGGUUGACGCCUUCCCGAGGCUAUAAAUCACCCUGAACGAGUGUUGAGGUACAUUUAAAAAAAGACGAGCCGAAGACGUUGAUUACCGGAUGCAAUCCAUUUUUAUCGUCGAUCACCAUUUUAGGCAUUUAUGCCCCCUAUUGGUUUUCCUGUGUUCGGUUGUGUUUUUUUUUUUUGCAAAAAUUCUGCGGGUGUAGACCACCGAUCAGAGUUUCUAUUCCUAUAACCUACUGGUUGGCAAUCUGUUGAUACUGUAAGGAGAAAUUAUAAGUUGAUGCCUCUGUUUUUGCUUUAUUUGUAGAUGCACCACUUGUGGUACGUCGGAAGGUUAUGCCAUUUGUGUGAGUUGCGUGAAAGGCUGUCACGACGGACACGAUGUAGAGUUCGUUAGGCGUGACAGGUAAGACGUUACAGUAACGCAAAUGUGUUGUCGAUACCCUUACCCAUUCGCCACUUAAGAAACGAAAAGGUAACUGGAACCGAGAUGUGUCCCGCGAUUGUUUCUGGGAUUGUUACUGGCCCAUUUUUUCCAUGUCACUAGUAACAGUGCCAGAAGUCUAUGCGAAAUUAAAACUCGGCUUCAGUCCGUUCUCGUUUCUAAAGUGGUGAAUCAUGUUAAAGUUGUCUUUUCACAUCACAGGUCUUAAUAAAUUUAGGUAAACUGCCCACCUACCCGUUCCCUAUGUCAAAAUGUAGGCUUAGGGGAGGGGUAGAUGGGCAGUUUCCUAGAAACCUAAAUUGAUCCGCAAACUUUUCUUUCCCUCCAGAUUUUUCUGCGACUGCGGAGCUGGUUCCAGCGGUGUGCUGUGUAAGUUAAUCAGCGGAAAGUGCUGGUCAGUGGCAUCCUCCCGGACGCAAACAGUACGAAUGGCCAGCGGUGGUCAUACUGAAACGCAGGCGCAAGAGGAGAGUAGAAACCACUCCCUUUGUACUUCGUGACGUAACACUGGACGCAGAUUAGAAUUUUAAAGAAAGUAAACGACAUAAGAAAAAACUAAAAAGCAAAGUAAGGUUUAAGUUAUUGGAAGAACAUGCAUACGUAAUAAAUAUAUCGUCCGUUCGCUUUCUUCGUACUUCGUACCCUUUCAUCCAUGAUGCCCUGUUACCCUGCGUAGCAGGGGCUAGGAAAUAAAAUGUGCGCAAGAAAGAACGAUCGCGCGCCUUCUUUCUUGCGCCUAUUUAUUUCCUAGUGCCGGCUACGCAGGCUAACGCUCUGUCUGCUGACAGCAAAAAUGUUUUAAUUACCAUUAUUUGCUCGGUGUUAUUUAUUUUAACAUAAUACAUUCUUACACAGUCUGUAUGCUACUCUAUUCAUGACUCACUUGAACACGCUUUGACUGUAGAGUGUCAAUGCAGGGUAGUUUGGAGAGAGAGGGAGCUUAGGCGGAUCAAUUUAGGUAUCGGGGAAACUACCCACCUACCCCUCCCCUAAGCUAACAUUAGCACUUACUCCUCACUUUGGGCAAAAUGGUGGCUUAGGGGAGGGGUAGGUGGGCAGUUUCCCGGAAACCUAAAUUGAUGAUAGGAAGCUUAAGACGUUUUUGAGUGACGCACGUCAACCGGAAGUAAGGCCUUUUCCCUUUUAAAGAAUCUUGACAUUACCAUAUUUGUAUUGCUAAGUGUCGUUUCUCUAAUAUAGACGAUUUGCCCGAAAAUCGUGGGAAACCUUGCCCAAGAAUGCGAAAAGCCCAAUUCCGGUUGACUUGCGUCGACCAAAAGAGUUUUUGCUUAAGUCCCCUCGAGCGGUGGCUGUAACAGUACAAAAAUCGAUUGCUUUCCCUGGUUGCAUUCGUUGAUUGAGCAAUCUUUUGCAGUACGAUGAAAUGCACCACAAGAAAGUACCGCUUAGUAGCCGUCAUUCGAAUGGUCACAUUUUAGGAUUUGUGAGGAGAGUACUGUUCAGUUUAUAGCUUUCAUUUGAAUGAUCACACUUUAGGAUUCCGUGCACAGACUCAAAAAUUAGAACCACUUUUUUUAUCCAAUUUGUUGAUUCCGUCCACAGACCCUAACGUCAUCGCGGCCAUUUGUUUUUCAGCGUAAGAAAAUGAUAGAUUUCAACUUGGCGAUUUCAUUGCUCGACGAGAAGAUUGG